AUGAAUAUGCUCGAAUGGGCAUUCGGAAAGCGCAUCACGCCGGCUGAGCGGCUGCGCAAGAACCAGCGAAUGCUCGACAAGGCGAUCCGAGAGCUCGACCAGACCCGCGUUAAGCUAGAGAAGCAGGAAAAGACACUCAUCCAGCAGAUCAAGACGAGCGCCAAGAACGGCCAGAUGGGCGCCUGCAAGAUUCAAGCAAAGGAUUUGGUCCGCACAAGGAGAUAUGUUGAGAAGUUUUACGCCAUGCGCAGCCAGCUGCAAAAGAUUUCCCUACGACUCCAGACAUACCGAACGAACGAGCAAAUGAUGCAGGCCAUGAAGGGUGCCACCAUGGCGCUAGGAAGCAUGAACAAGUCGAUGAAUCUCCCACAGUUGCAGCGAAUCGCCAUGGAGUUUGAGCGAGAAAACGACAUCAUGGAGCAAAGGCAGGAGAUGAUGGACGAUGCGGUCGACGACGCCAUGGACGUUGGUGUUGAGGAGGAAGGCGAUGAGGUUGUCGAGCAAGUCUUGGAAGAGAUUGGUGUUGAUUUCAACCAGGCGCUCGGCGAAACACCAACAGCGCUCGGUAAUGCCCCCGUGGCAGAAGGCAGAAUUGCACAGGCUGUAGGCGGCGGAGGCGGUGCCGACCCUGUCGACGAUGAUUUACAAGCUCGAUUGGACAGUUUACGCAAAUAG